AUAAUAAUAACAUAUAAUAACAUAUACACAAUGAAGUCAAUAACAUUGGCAUCUUUGGUACUUUUGGUGUUGGUAGCAGCGUCAUCAGUGUCGGCAUUGAUCACAGUCAACACUACUACACAGAACUUGAUCGAUGAGUAUGGACGUGUCCGUAUAUUCCACGGUGUGAACGCCGUGUACAAGAUCUUCCCAUGGCAUCCAUUGACCAACGAGUUUGACCCACAAAACUCCCUGGUCCAAUUCGACAUUGACAACCUCCAGGAAUGGGGCUUCAACGCCAUUCGUUUCGGUGCCAUGUGGCCCGGAGUCGAGCCCGAGAAGGGAGUCUUCAACCAAACCUAUCUCGACGUCAUCAAGGGCAUGGUCAACCAGCUCGGUGAUGCUGGAAUCUAUGCUAUCAUUGACUUCCAUCAGGAUAUUAUUAACAGAAGGUUCUGUGGUGAGGGUAUCCCAGACUGGGCCGUCGUGCUUCCAGAGGAGACCUUGCCAUUCCCAAUGCCAGCCGUCAUGGAGAAGUACCCAGUUGACAACGUCACUGGUUACCCAGCCCUUGAUCUUUGUUUGAGCAGGUUCGUCGCCUACUGGAAGCAGUUGGCAUCAACCUUUGUCGAUGUCGACACCGUCAUUGGUUACGAGAUCAUCAAUGAGCCAUGGGGAGGCAACAUCUACAGAGAUCCAUUGCUGUUGGAUCAGAUGGGACAUGCCGACAGAGUCAACAUGCUUCCAUUGUACAAGAAUGUCAACGCUGCCAUUAGAAGCGUCGAUCAGCAACACGCUGUAUUCUUUGAGAAGAGUUUGGUCGAUGUCUAUGACUCGCAGUACCCAGCCGGUACCCCAGGUGGCAUCGAGUACAACGACCGUCAGAUCCUCAGUUACCACAUCUACUGUGGCAACGUCGGUGGCAACCCCAGACACGUUGGCGAGUGCGACGGCGAGAACAAGUUCUUCCUUGAGGGAGCCAUGACCGACCUGCGUCGUCUUGGCGGCGGUGGCUUCAUGACCGAGUUUGGCGCCAUCUCCAACACCACCAACGCCAUGGAGACCAUCACCUACAUGAUGGACCAGGCCGACGACUACUUCCAGUCGUGGACCUACUGGCAGUUCAAGUUCUACAACGACCUGACCACAUCCAGUGAGCUCGAGUCACUCUACCUGUCGAACGGUACUCUGGACCUGAUCAAGGUCAAGACUCUGAGCAGAACCUACGCUCAGGCCAUCGCUGGUGAGCCACGCAAGAUGAAGUUUGACAUCAACAACGGCGACUUCACCCUGUCCUAUGAGAUCAACACAUCCAUCAGCCAGCCAACCGUCGUCUACCUGAACGAGGCCAUGCACUACCCAUCCGGCUACAAGGCCAAGAUCACCACCGGUGCUGCCACCCUCACCUACCCACAGAAGAACAUCAUCAACAUCACUCCAUCGUCCACCACCACCAAUGGACAGCUGAUCACCCUCGAGAUCACCAGAGAGUAA